AUGGUAAAUCUCCAUAAAACUAAUGUGCCCGUGAUUUUAGCUAAAGCGCUGCUGGGUAUCAAUACAGAUCCAGUGUUCACCGUAGGCAAAACCUACGUGGAACUAUUCGGCUACGAUAUUGAAUUUAGUGUUGUCGAGGAUAAUUUCCCUACAUUACACCCUGCUUUAUUGGAAGUACCUCAUGGUUACGUACCGCGUAUUUAUUGUACUCCCGGAGUGGAGUUAGGCGGAACUUUCGAAACUAACGACGACGGUACCUUCCUAAGGGCUUACAAUAGUUUGGACCAUGAGGUCCUGAUUCCGAAACCAGUAGUGAGUUUGCGAUUCCCCUUUUGGUGGGACGAAAGCGAUUGCUCGAAAAAAUUAUCGCCGAUUAAAAUUAUCAACGAUGAUGCUCGCGAUUGUUCUAAAACCCGGAAUUCUCCAGAAAAAGUAGAAUCUAGCGUAUUCAUAAUAUCCGAGGAUAUGAAAACUCCGGAACGGGCACAGACUCCAGGUCCUGCUGCACAAGCAAUUCAAGACCCGAGCCAACCUGGGCUGUCGACAGCGCCUCAACCGCGAAUUCUUUCUGACGAAGACGAACAGGCGACACACCCGAUCGAGGAUGAACCUCGAGAACAUACGACUCCCAGGGCGCGUCCGCGUAACAUGCCUUUGUUAUCUUCUGGCGAUUCCACGUACGGAGAAGCGUCUGACGACCCUCUAACGGAAACCGAGCGGAAUAACCGCGAGAAUAGAAACAGUAAUCGCGAGACUGAUAUGGAAAUUGACGAAAGUAGCGGCAACGACGACAUAGUCAAUGAAUCCGAACUGCAAACGGACGCAGAUGACUCCAAGGACGAUCGUCAGUCUGAGGAGGGAGAGGCUGUAAUUCCAUAUAAAAGAAAAAAAAGGCACUAUAUCUUGGCUGUGCCCAAGUACAGGGCGUUGGAUCUCGUAUCCGUGGAUGACAUCUGUGACACUCUAAAUAAUAUGGCUUUCGGCCUCGGAGCAAUUAUACUGUUGGUGUCCCUCCCCCUUUCUAAAGGACUGGUAGGAUACGACUACGGCGGAUCCUCCAUGAAUACGUCAACAUUAUCACUGUUGGAUGUAAGGGAGUGUAAAAUAGAAAAUACCCGGCCUCAAUCGGAGACGGUCAAUAUUUAUCUUUUACAACCCGCGGAAAUAAUUCAAGUACACGUUAUGGAGUGUAAAAUUCUGAUUAAUCGGAACAUUCAGCAUUGUGGUAUGCACUCCCAUACAUCCUCAGUACUUUAUGGUAGAAGAGAAUACUAUAUGGACAUAGAUUAUAAUAAAUGUAAAAGAAUGCAUGAGACCGGGUCGGUCUGGCUAUUUGAUCGAGUUCCAUUCUAUGAACUAAAAAUGAACAGUACAAGUCAUCGAGUGGCAAUUCUAGCGGGUAGUCAAAGUAUGGGGGGCGAUUGUGAAAAAGGAACCUUCAGUGAUGAAUACGGUACGUGGUCGGGAGUGGUAGUGGACGCUACUUUUGAAAUAACAUUAACCGAGUACGAAACUGCGUUAAAUACUAAGACUAACGAAGUGAUGUUGCGUUCGGGAACGAGAUGUAACGCGGAAAAACUUACUUGCGUAACUAGUGACGGUAUGUCCGCAUUUUGGAGCGAAGUACCAAAAGACUCGUGCCUUAUGAAAUACGCGUAA